AUGGCUUUGUUCAGCAAUUCGGGACUAAGUGAAGGAUUUCUUGAUAAUUUUGAGCCUGAACUUCAAGAAAUUAUUCUAUCCUUGGAGCUACCUCCUGUGAGUCCUGUGAGUCCACUGAUGAAUUCCGAUGAAUCUGAUGCCUAUCGCAAAAAUUUUGAUAGCGAAUCAUCGACGUAUAAGCGACGGUCAAUUGUAAAAAAAGAAUUCAAUUCAAAGCACAGAGAGAGAACUGCUUUUACUACCCAUCAACUCUUACAUCUGGAGAAGGAGUUCACCACCCAGGGCAAGUACUUGUGUCGUCUGAAAAGAAUCAUAGUCGCCAGAGAUUUAGGAUUAAAUGAACGACAGGUCAUAGUAUGGUUUCAAAAUCGUCGCAUGAAAGAUAAGAAAGCUGGAUCAAUCAAAGACGACAAAGACGCGGACAAGGAUCCUGAGACCGCUCCGCCUGACACUCAAAUUGUAUGUAAAAAUAGACACGAGGAAAUCAAGGAAGAAAAAACAUACCAGAACAACAGCUUUUUUGCUUCUGCUUCUGCUUCUGUUCCUGCUUCAAUUAUUUACGGAGAGAAUCAAAUGCAUACUCUCAACUACAGCAGCAACUCAUCCACUGACAUCCCCCACCAUCACCUGAGUAGUUGGAAUUUCCACAGCAGAAUCAACUACAACACAAUUCAAAAUCAGAAUUAUAAAAAUUCUAAUGGUCCUGACUGGAAUUAUAACUACAUCAAUGAACAUUGUUCAAUUUCCAACGUAUACGCAAACGACGUCAAAGCUAAGGAAACAUUUCACACUUAUUAUUCAAAUAAUUGCACUUCUAAUAAUUAUGAUUAUUAUCCACCUGGUUGGAACAAUUAG